UGACACAGUCGAACAAGUUUAAGGACCUGAACGGUCGAUUUGCGAGUUUAGGGACCGGGAUGAUACAACGGUUCAAGUUUAGGGACCGGUGAUGGACUUUACUCAGAAAAAAAAAUAGCAUCGAGUUUAACAUGUCUAUAAGAGAGUAGAUACAUUCUAUAGAGACAUUAAAUUUUACCAGAACCAUAGUGAACCAAGAGAAAAAAUAUAUAUAUUUUCUCAUGCUAUUACGAAUACCUAAACUCAAGACCUCUUGAAAAAAAAUCAUUUUUAUCCACAUGGCACUAAGCAUCUCAACCUCAUGUUAUUACUAAAACAUAUGUGCCUUGUGUUACUUAUAGUUAAUUACUUAUCAUAUAUUAACAUUUUAUAAAAUGUCUCUUUGUGUCUAGAGACAAUUCAUCAAAAGGCAUUUAUGAUACCUUUUAAAAAAAAUCUACCAUAUAUUAGCAUUUUAGCUUCUUUGUUUCUAGAGACGAUGGACCAAGAGCUAUUUAUGAGGUACUUUAAAAAUGUCUUUAUGUCGCAUUUUUGUUGUAGUAUCCACAAAAGUAGUUUGAUUAGUUUGCUUGAAUAGUUAUUGUUAUGUGUCUUAUCUAUUAGUCAGUCAUAUUUAUUAUUACAUCGAUCAUCCCAUAUUUGUUAAGAGAGUGAUUUUAUGGUUCUUAAGAGGCACUUCCUCUAUUAAUAAAUAUUUAACUUUACGAUAAAAUUUAGCUAAACUCUGUAAGAUUCUGACCAUCAGUUAUGUAUUAGAAUAUGUUCAUAAAAUUUAAUAAGUUUAUAAUAUGAUGAUAGUAUUUUUUUAGACAAAUCUACGUAUAUCAUUUCUUUUGUUUUAAAAUUAAGCAUUUUGGAAACUGUUAAUGGUUCGAGUGUUAAAAGUUUCAAUCGAAUCCUGUCUUAAAUGCAAAAUAUUUAUGACCAAACAAAGUACGUAAAAUAUCUCUUCUUAGGAUGUCCUUUUAACAUCCCAAAGUCAUUACAUUAAAUAUAUCUUGUUAGGAUGGCCUUUUAACAUCACAAAGUCAUUACAUUUAAGAUCAAGAAAAUACCCCCAAAAGAUUUUCUCUUAGCCAUAUGGGGACAUGCUAUCUCACACAUACAGAGGCUUUGUUAUCAUAUGCCAUGUUUUAACCUGUACUUUAGAGGAAUUAGAGGAACACAAGGUGAGGGGCCUUUUUUUUUAAAAAAAAAAGAGAAAAAAAACAGAGUUCGAACCAGUUGGUAGCCUAGCCUCACAGUUGCAGGACUUACCACCAAACUACAAGCACAUUCUCAAUGGUCUCUAUAUAUGAGGGCAUAUCCUGAUCAUUGGGAGUAAAGAAAUAAUCUUAGGCUAUAUUUGGCACUCUCUUUUUCAGUUUCUACUUCCUUGUUUUUCGUUCACGUUUCCUGCACUGCUAAAAGAUAUAUUUUUUAAAAAAUAUAUAUAUAGGAAAGUUGAUUUAGAAAAUUAUAUUAAUCUAUUUUUUAAGUUUUUAUCUAAUACUUAAUUAAUCAUGUACUACUGAGUUGUUUUUGUUUUAUGUGCAUGCGAGAUUAGUUCCCAAACCUCCAUGCUGAACACUAAUACUCUUUUCUUUCACUUAGCCACCAAUGUUGCCUGGCCACGCAUCGCUGUUGUGUUUACCUGUUAUCUUAGGGAAUCAAACUAGUACUACUUACCAGGGAGGGAACUAGCUAGCUAACUCAAAUGUACUGUUCAUACACAUGGGUAAAAAAACAAUCUGGUGAUAAAAAAUUACAAAAAAUAAGGAGAGAUAAAAUCAUCACCAAGAUCUAUAUACCUUAUAAAUGAAUACCUUAUGCAGUGGCUGGAACAAAGUUAUUCCUUUGUCUACAAAAAGUUUAUGUUCUUUCUAAAAACAAAACUAAGACGGGCAAAAGCUUUGUCAAUGUGUAUAUUUAUAGAACAUGGGCAAAUACAAGGUGCAAACAAUAUUUACAGGGUGUGCUGAAAAAAGGAAAAAAAAACCUAUGGAAUCUUCUCCAAAGGAGGUAACUCUAUAAGGCCGGUGGCCCCAGCUUUUGUCCAGGCUCUUCCCUCGUCUUUGAUCUUCACUAAAAAAAUAAAUUUCUUAACCACUCGUCAUCAAUAUUACAUUCUUACUUGUAUCUUUUGAAACUCUGCCUACUAGGCUUUUGUCUAGGCUCUUCCCUUGUCUUUGAUCUUCACUAAAGAAAUAAAUUUCUUAACCCCUCAUCAUCAAUCUUAUAUUCUUAAUUACUUGUAUCUUUUGAAACUCUGUCUACUAGUUGUAUAUGUCUUUUUAGACGCACUCCGUCCAGUCUUUUGUAUGGCAUUGAUUUAAGUGAUAAGAAACUAGUAAUGCAAUACUCAGAAUGUAGUGGUAUAGGUCUUGCGAACUGUGCAUAAUUACUUCUCUAGUACAUGAUCACUGUUUCUGAUCAAUAUUACUGCCUUUCAGUAGUCAUUUUAUAGUACCGAGAAGAUUGCAUUUUACCUGAACCCUGAAAUUACCCUACAACUUGAUUGUGUUUUCUAAUUAUCAACAGCACAAUCUUCUGAACAGUGUAAUUGAAAUAGCAGUUCUUUUUUUUUAAUAAACUCGGCACUAACUUCUGGAGAAGCUGAAAUACCAGUCUGUUUUUCUCUUUUUGUGAACGGACAAUAGCAACCUUAAUAUGCAGAUUCUUGGAAAUUAUUAGUUGACUAACUAAAGCACGGUACAAAAAAUAUACAUCUUAUAACACUGGUUUACUGUUUACCAAUUCAGCUGAAUUACAAUGAAAUAUUAAAAGUGGUAGUGUAAUCAUUGGUUAACAGUGCAGUUUUUUCUUGAUAUUGACGUGUACGCACACUAAUCCUUCGCAUGCACUAACUAAAACUGCUGUGCUGCUAGUUGUAGUUAAGUUGUCGUUUACUGCCUGUGAUUUCUGAACAGCAAUUGAUGUGCUGAAUCUGCUGAUCCGACACGCUCACUACAAUGCUGCUAGAUGUAGUUAACUUGUCGUUUACUGCCCGUGCAGAGCUUCUUCUUCUUCUUUUUUUUUUUUUUUUGAGAACUCGUAGUACAGAGCAAUUGAUGUGCCGAUCCGACAUGUUCAUUACUACAGUAACCAAAACCAUACUAUGUGGUCAUCUCUGUGUGGUUUUCAAAUGGCUGAAGUAAUGUGACUGUUGGUUCUGAAUCUUGUAGGAGUAUACUGUACAUUUCGAAUGAGUUCUAACUAUGCAUAGAUAAAAUAGAACCUUAUUUGCGUGCUUGUUGACUUAUUAUUGUUGUUACGGAACUUCAGUUUAUUAGCUAAAAUCAAAAUUAAUUGUUUCUCCAAAUAAUUAGGAGUUUGGCGUUGUUGUUCGUGAAGAGUUUAUUGAUUUCAAGAUCCUUAGUACUAGUACUAAAUGUGUUGUUAUUAAUUGUUUUCUGAGACAUUUGAAUAUGCUGCUGUUUGGAAACUCAAAAACGUAUAUACUGAGAUAUGUGCGUGUAUACAUGAGAUAUUGGUUAUCGUCAGAUAACGACAUUGUUGGAUAGUAUAGGAGAGAAAUACUGUGUAACGUGGGACACAUUGUAUUGAGCCUCAGGGGGCCGAUAUAUAUAGGAGUACAUGGAGAGGAGAUAAGGAAGGAUUACAGAUAUGGAAGGAAUCCAAACAAACCAAUCCUAUCCUAAUAUGACUCUAACUACCAUAUACUCUAACAUCCCCCCGCAGUCUAAGCGUGAGCAGCGCGGACACUUGGACUGGAGAAGAAACCGGCAAGAGUGCUCAAUACGGAUGAUAGCCCUUUGUGCGUUGUCGACGUAGCCAAAGCGAAGGGUGCGAGGGAGCCGUGGUCGAGGAAGCCGUGCGUAGAGUAGCCGUGGUCGAUGUAACUGAAGUCGGGAAGUUGAUGUCGAGGUAGCCGAGCCGCAGGGCGCGCAUGGGGCGCCGUAGAGUGGUCGUGGACGCACGGGAGGGGCGUCGUGGACCAAGGUGCGCGAGAACGCGCUGGAGACGAAGACGGUGACACAAUCGCGGUAAUCGUUGAGGAAGAUGACGCCGAAGAGCCGAUGUAGUCGAACCGUGAAGGACGAGACAUCACACAGGGUUUGCCAGACCCCGGGACAACUCGGGACGAACGCGCGCAACGGUGUUGCCAGUACCGUGCGGGUGAUGUAGGGGACCACCAUGAAUCAUACACCAAUGUCGGAGGAGACUAGCAGAGAAGGCCUCCGAGACGGUCGCGGCGCGAGAACGGCGUAAAGGGAGAAUUGCCGGAGCAGCACACAGUUGCCGGAGAAGUGCGAAGUGUAGUCGAGGAAGAUACGCGACGCUGGCGAUGAGUCAUGCUGGACGAAGUAGAAGGCGAAGUAGUGGGACCAACGGCCUGGACGGCGAUGUCGGUAGCCAUGUAGAGGUAGCUGGACCACCGGCCUAGAGUGGCGACGGUGGCAACUUGGAGAUGCGGCGGCGAUGCUCGAAGUAGAGGAAGAAGACCCUGAGCGGCUGACGAUGACUAGUGUGGACGACGAGGGUGUCGAUGUGCAAACGGCGAUGAAGACGACGAAAGCGGCGAAGCUGCGGUCCGAGAGGACAACACAGCUGUAGCUCUAUGUCGAUGCAGCGGCAAGAAGUCCACGGGCAGUGGCACUAUGGCCCGAGGGGGGGCGACGCAGCGGCAACCCAAAGCUUAAUGGCGUAGACGCGCAGUUGAAGACGAUCGGCGGUAGAAGUCAUCAUGUCCAUGCGCUUAAUCGGGUGAUCAAGCCGAAGUCGCGCUCAACGAGACGAGAAAGUCAAAGCUGAAAUCGAUGCCGAUGUCGGAGACGCGAGGAUGUCGACGAGGCGGUGGGCGACGCAAACCCGUUCUCAGAACGGGAAAAAAAAUUGAUACAGUAGCAUGCAGUGGUAGUCCACAGUAGAAGCCAAACUCCACGUCUCCCAUGGUCCAUGGACCAAGUUCACACAGUCCUGAGCCCGUGAAUAACUUGCUCAUCCCCAAUCUCUCACUUCAUUGGCAUGGAGCAGACGAACAAUCAACGUGUCCACCACCUCCGACAGAGACAGAGCGGGGGGAGGGAGAGCGCCAGGCGGUGGGCGUCGAGGCCAGCGAACGGAUGGGAGGCGGUGGUGGAGAUGAGCUGUCGGCGCAGCCAAGGAGACGACCUCGAGGUGGUAGCCGCCGGUGGAGCAGCCGAGGCCGGCAGCCCGGCAGACAGCAGAAAGCGGCGCCCCGUCGGCCAGGCCGGCGGCUGAAGGCGGAGGGCGUGCGGUGCCGGCCGAUGGUGGCAUGCUCCAAGCGGCAGUCCGCCAGAUCGGCGAGGAGUCCGGGCGGAGAUGGCGACGACAGCGAGGCCGGCACUCGGCUAGAUGGGAUCGACCGCAACGACGACGACCUCGACCGCAACGACGACGACCUCCAGAUGACGACUGCCAGAUGGUUGCGUGGAUGGUGGAGAGGGCGUCGACAGUGAACGGCGGCCUGCGAGCGUAGGCGGCGGAGGCGGCCGCCGAGGAGGAACCGGCAGGGACGUGUCCCCCGUACUCUGUGCCGCGCCAACGACGCCACGACGACCAUGGCAACGCCGGCGCCCGGUGGAGCUUGAUGAAGAUGGCGCCGGUGGCGUCGGGGCGGUCUUGCCCCAGGUGAGGCCGACGACCAGCGGGCGGCGCGGCCUACCGGCGACGUCGGGGUGCUGGUGGAGAUCGGGUCGGCCAUGCCCUCCAGAUCGGCGAUGACGAUGUGGAUGGUACGAUGCUACUGACUUCUUCACGAUGACGCGAAGACGACUCGACGAUGCCGAGGAGAUCGAGAUCGAUCUCGGCGGCGAAGCACAAAGAGAAAAAAAAACAAAAAACGGGUGGCCGCCCCCGGGAGAUCGCUAUUCCCGGGGGCAGCGGCGGCGAAAGCGUGAGAGCGGCGCUAGAUCGCCCGCUCUGAUACCAUGUUGGAUAGUAUAGGAGAGGAAUACUGCGUAACGUGGGACAUAUUGUAUUAAGCCUCAGGGGACCGAUAUAUAUAGGAGUACAUGGAGAGGUGAUAAGGAAGGAUUACAGAUAUGGAAGGAAUCCAAACAAACCAAUCCUAUCCUAAUAUGACUCUAACUACCAUAUACUCUAACAUCCCCCG